GUAAAAACAGCCAAAGUCAAGCAGAGAGAAGGUUGAGUAAGGAUGAGGAUUGCUUUAUUUAGUAAAAAAUGAUUGAUAUACCAAUCAAAGCCCUUAUCUGGUUAUCAAUAAAACAUGUGAUAAUAACAUUAGUUAGUAAUAGUAGUAGUAUCGACAGUGGUAGUGGUAGUAUCGGUAGCAGUAAACAUUCAGACGAUCAUCCGUUGAAUCCUUGUCAAGAGGAACUGUCCAUAAGGCAUACAUUGUCUUUAGACAAGAAAACCGAAAGACAUCCUGAUGAUCAACAAGAAGAAAUCCUUCGUGAAAACACGAGACGAUUCUGUUUGUUUCCCAUUAAAUAUCACGAGAUCUGGCAAUUCUAUAAAAAAGCUGAAGCUUCCUUUUGGACAGCUGAAGAAAUCGAUUUGAGCAAGGAUCUUCAUGAUUGGGAAAACAAAAUGACCGAAAAUGAACGUUUCUUUAUCUCUCGUGUCUUGGCCUUCUUUGCUGGUUCAGAUGGCAUUGUUAAUGAAAACUUGGUUCAAAACUUUUGUGAUGAAGUCAAGAUUCCUGAAGCUAAAUGUUUCUAUGGCUUUCAAAUCAUGAUUGAAAACAUUCACGCAGAAACUUACAGUCUUUUGAUUGACACUUAUAUCAAAGAUAACCAAGAGAAAGAAAUGCUCUUUUCUGCUAUUGACACUAUCCCUUGUAUCAAGAGAAAGGCUGAUUGGGCCUUCAAGUGGAUUUCCUCAAACGGUUCCUUUGCUGAGCGCCUUGUUGCCUUUGCUGCUGUCGAAGGUAUCUUCUUCUCUGGUUCCUUUGCUUCCAUCUUUUGGCUCAAGAAACGUGGUUUGAUGCCCGGUUUGACAUUCAGCAAUGAAUUGAUCUGUCGUGAUGAAGGUCUUCAUACUGACUUUGCUUGUCUUUUAUUUACCCACCUUCGUAAGCGUCCUAGCCAAGAACGCGUCAAGGAUAUCAUCUUGGAAGCUGUCAGCAUUGAACAAGAAUUUUUGACGGAUGCUCUUCCCGUUGCUCUCAUUGGCAUGAAUUCUGCCUUGAUGUGUCAAUACAUUGAAUUCGUUGCUGAUCGUCUCAUGGUUGCUCUUGGGUUCGACAAGAUUUACAUGGCUACUAAUCCAUUUGACUUUAUGGACAUGAUCUCUCUCCAAGGCAAGACCAACUUCUUUGAAAAGCGUGUCUCCGAUUAUCAACGUGCUGGUGUCAUGAACAAGCAGCCUGCUGAAAAGACCUUUACCUUAGACGCUGAUUUCUAG